GGCGUUUUGUGGAAGAAAAGACACCAGAAAAGCGAAAACGCUAAGUUCUACCGCAUCUUGCAGAACGUAUUAUGAAGAUCGAUCGUGGGAAGAUUCAUCAUUUAAGUUGUGAUUUUUUUAUUGACACGGUCUGACACCGAGCACUGAAGUUUCUAUAUUUCGUAUAAUCUCUUUAUUUUCGCAUGAUAGUAUCGUUGCUUUUCGUUUUCGUGUAACAGGUUUUCCCCAGGUAGAAGAUAGAAGUUCAUCAGCAUCUCUGCCAAGAUAUUAAAACUCCAACACAGGUUGCCGGCGGUGGCAUGGUGGACAUUUAUGGGAAUGCACAACUUCCCCUCCCCCUCAUUUGUCAUGCAAAAGCCCAAAUUGAAGUGCUUCCCUGUGGCACUGUACGCAUGAGAGAUUCCGGAAGCCCAAACAGUACUACACUAGGCGCAUGAAUUUGAUGUCAUGCACAGGCUUCACGUGUGCUGGUGUUUGUAUUGCUGUUCAUGCAAUACAAAUGAGGGGGAGGGGGAGUUGUGCACUCUCAUAACAUUUUGAAAGGAUUUACGGCCCAGCUUUUUGGCAAAGAGAUUCUGGGCGAGGACCAAACGGAUGGGACGCAUUGUCUCGUGAUACUCUACGAGGUAGUCGACCAAGUGUCAACCGCGUCUUCUAGAACAGGAGGCGACCGAGCCGGUGCCUCGUCCCCCAAAGGAGGCAGCGCGAGUAGUCCACGGCACAACU